CAUGGCGUCUCCUCUCUACAGUACUAAAUCAAUGCAAUAAUAGAGGCUCCACCGUGUACAGUACCGUCUUACUGCAUGUGAGACUUUAAGAAAUUGCAUUUCAGCACAUAGGGGGUGUUGCCACAAAGUAGCCAUAUAGAAUGAAUUGAGACGUUCCGCUGUCAACCAUCGCCGUCAACCCCACCAGGUCCCGAUGAAGACAGCUCCUCGUAAAUUCUACUCCCCACACUUUUCUUCUUCACGAUGGCCGCCACGGACAUAGACAUUUUCGCUAAUGAAGAGGAGCGUUGCCUGGAGCUGGGUGGCCAUGUUGGGUUUGACAGUCUUCCAGACCAGUUGGUCAGUAAAUCAGUCACACAGGGAUUCUGCUUCAACAUCCUGUGUGUCGGUGAGACAGGGAUAGGGAAGUCAACGUUGAUGAACACGCUGUUCAACACACUGUUUGAGGCCGAGGAGGCCAGCCACUACCAGAACGGUGUGUGCCUGCGGCCCAGGACCUACGACCUGAAGGAGAGCAACGUUCAGCUCAAACUGACCGUAGUCGACACCGUGGGGUUCGGAGACCAGAUCAACAAGGAGGAGAGCUUCAAACCCAUAGUGGACUACAUCGACACUCAGUUUGAGACCUACCUGCAGGAGGAGAUGAAGAUCAAACGUUCCCUGUUCGACUACCACGACACCAGGAUCCAUAUCUGUCUCUACUUCAUCGCCCCAACCGGACACUCUCUCAAAUCACUGGAUCUGGUCACCAUGAAGAAACUGGACAGCAAGGUAAACAUCAUCCCCAUCAUUGCCAAGGCAGACACCAUAUCUAAGAGCGAGCUGCACAAGUUCAAGAUCAAGAUCAUGUCAGAGCUGGUGAGCAACGGUGUUCAGAUACACCAGUUCCCUACUGAGGACGAGGCUGUCACCGAGAUCAACUCCUCCAUGAAUGCCCAUCUGCCCUUUGCUGUGGUGGGGAGUGUUGAGGAGGUUGAAGUGGGGAAUAAGAUGGUGAAAGCCAGACUGUACCCCUGGGGAACUGUACAGGUGGAGAACGAGAGCCACUGUGACUUUGUGAAGCUGAGAGAGAUGUUGCUGAGAGUGAACAUGGAAGACCUGAGAGAGCAGACUCACGCCAGACACUACGAGCUCUACAGACGCUGCAAACUGGAGGAGAUGGGAUUUACAGAUACAGACCCCGACAACAAACCCUUUAGUCUGCAGGAGACGUAUGAGGCCAAGAGGAAAGAGUUCCUGGGGGACCUGCAGCAUAACGAGGACGACAUGAGACAGAUGUUUGUCAACAAGGUGAAGGAGACCGAGGCAGAGCUGAAAGUAAAGGAGAGGGAGCUCCAUGAGAGGUUUGAGCAGCUGAAGAGGAUGCAUCAGGAGGAGAAGAGGAAUCUGGAGGAGAAGAGGAGCGAUCUGGAGGAGGAUAUGAACGACUUCAACAGGAGGAAGGUGGCAGCUGAGACGCUGAUGGGUCAGUCUCUACAGGGAUCCUCACAACCAUUCAGAAAGGACAAGAAGAACUUCUUUAGUCUUCCGUCUGCGUGCUCCCUAACAUCAGGAAGGAAUUUAAAUUAGAAGACUGACUUUCUACCACGCCGAAAGGAUGGCUGUUCUAAUCUUCCCCGAUUUGACUAUUAACAAUCUAUUGAGCUUACUAUUUUUUUACAGCGUGAUUCAAAGCUUCAUUUUUGUAAAAAAAAAAAAUCCCUGUAGGUCCCAAAUGGCACCCUAUUCCCUAUGUAGUGCACUACUUUUGAUCUAAGCCCCUGGUCAAAAGUAGUGCACUACAUAGGGAAUAGAGUGGCAUUUAGGACGGACCCCUUGCUGUGAUGUGCUCAUAAUUCCUGAACUCUUCAAGUGAUGUUCCUACCAAUACCUGGUCCUGGAGUCUUCAAUACAGUACAGGCCAAGCUCAACAUAAUAUUAAACACGUUCUCUAAUACUUAGAAAGUAUACAGGCUAUCUAUAGGGCUAUAAAGUAGUGCACUAUAUAGGGAAUAGGGUUCCACUUUGGAUGCAAACUUGGUUCAUAAAAAUAAAAGCUGAUGCUCUAAAGCUGUCAAACUCAACUUUGUAUCCCUGCAUCCAUGAAUAAACUGAAUAUUCCUCAUUUAAUUAUAUGGCGUAAAUGGAUUAGUAACUGAAAUAUAGACACUGAGUGUAAAGAUUAUAACCUCAUGUAGUGUAAUAUAAUAUUAACUCUUGCAGAAUUAUGAAUUUCUUGCAGUGAAAUUAUACAACAAAUGUUAAUUUUGGCUGGGAAACAUGAGUGGAGAAAAAUAAUUCAUUUUUUUCAGCAUUUCUUGAGAAAAUGCAAAUGCACAUGUGAAGCAUUAUCUUUGAUUAUCUUUGUGUGAUGCAUUAUCUUUGACACUGUUAUUCAAGCAGACAGUAUUUCAACCGCAUCAAACAUGCACCCAAGUCGAACUGAAGUCUUAACAGAAACUUGUUUCAUCGUUUUCUCAGGUUUUCAUUUCCUUAAAACCCUUCAAACUGAUUACAUGUUUUGGACAUUUUUCACAAGACCAAGCUUUCCACUGUUUUGGAAUUAUUGCGUUUUCUCCCCGGUCCCUAAACGAGAAACAACUUUGCAGGUGUUAAUUUGAAUGCAUUCGUAGCCUAAUCUUUCUAUCGAUGUAAAAUAUUAUUCUGGUGAUGUCACUACUUUAUUUAGUUUUCUGGGGCAAUAAAUUAUGAGAGAAGUUUAUAGUUUGCAUGAAUCAAACUAUAGUUGACAAAUUAAUGGUCUACCAAAUGUAGGAAAUUAUAAGCAGAAAUGUUUCUAAAUUAGGGGUGAAAGUAGCCAGUAGUAAAUGAAUUACAGCUCAGUUACUAUUGAAUUACUGGGCAGGUAGCCUACCUUUUUUAAGUGAUUUGUUUGACAGUCAAGAUGAAAACAUCACACAAUACUCAUGAUAGGCGAAACUGAGCCUGCGUAGACCGCAAAAAAACAACAGUGAACGGGAUGAGAUGUUAUCAUGCCACAGUAUCCCGUCUAACGUCGUCAUAUCGAAUGGCGUGUGAAAUCUUUGUGGGGCAAGCUAGUCGAGCCACUACGCCACACAAACACAACACUAAACAAUACAUUCAUUGCAUUAUAACGGUGACAAACGGUGCCCACAAACUGUUAGGGCCUACAUAAAGCUGUGCCAACAGCAGAGUCCCAACACUUUAUCACUGCUACACCUGGCUAUCAGU